ACAUCGUUUUGAUUCAGACUUUGUUGCACUGUAUUACAAGGUGAUUGAGGAAAUUUCGUGAGACUGCCAGCUAGCUAACCUGGGCAAGCCACAAACAGGGGCAAUGAAGAAAUCCAAAGCCACAAAGCGACACAUGAGAAACGCAGCAGCAGAAGCAGUUAAGGCAUCGCACCAAAUGGUUUAAGUUAAAGAAAAUCAGAUAAAAAACAGUGCUCAGUGCAAAUUGAAGCAGCAGUCACCCAGAACAAAGAGUUUCAAUAAAAACUAAAUUUUAGUUUUUGUUGCAACUCUUCUCACUGCUAUUCAAUUACCAAUUGCAACAGUAACAAAAACAACAAUAACACACAUAUAAAUAAAUAAUAUGGCACCCUCGAACGGAGUGCUUGUAACCAAGAUUGUGCCCAUUGGCCCCACUUUGAAUUUGAAUUUGAGCACAUUGCCCAAACUGAGACCAGCGCCCCAGAUUUCCGCCACAGCUGUGCUGCUCAAGCGCGGAGCAUCGUCGCCGACCAGUUCGGGCUACGCAUCCUCUACCAAUAGCAACGCGGACGAAGAUUCAGUCACAAUGGCAACGCCCACAAAGGCCAAGAAGCGUCGCCUCGAUCAUCUGUCCUGGGAGGAGAAGGUGCAGAGAAAAAAGCUAAAGAAUCGCGUUGCCGCCCAGACGAGCCGGGAUCGGAAAAAGGCGCGCAUGGAGGAAAUGGAAUAUGAGAUCAAGGAACUCACUGACAAAACGGAAUUAUUGCAAAACAAAUGCGAGAGCUUGCAGAACAUCAAUGAAUCCCUGCUGGCCAAAAAUCAGAAACUAGACACAGAAAUGGAGCAACUGCGCCAGGAACUCGUCGAAAUGAAAGAGCUUGCCAAGAAAAACAGUCUCAGCAACAACAACAGUAGCAACCGCUCUGGCGUCAAUGCAGACGCUGAGGGCUGUGCGUCCACAUACACUGGAUCUGCAGCAUCCAAUGCUGACUCUGCCGCAGGGUAUAUUAGUGGACACACAGUCGUCAGCGCGUGCAUUGGCGCUGAAGCGAUUGCUGCAACAGCAGCUGAAGCAGACAACAACGACAGCAUCGCUCUGGAGAAUUGUGGCACUCUGCCUUCUAUACAAGACAUGCUGCUCGUCGACGAUGAAGAGUUCGAUGCGCGACGACUCGAAGAGCUGGCCGAAAGCCUACUCGCAGAUAUCACAGCAGACCUGGAGACAGGCCAUGGCCCAUGCCUCCAAACUGCUGCCCAAGAUGCAGGCCACUCAGAGCGAUUGUCUGGAUCAGUGGUGGGGUCCCCAGCAGAGUGCUUGGAAUCCAACGGGCAUAGAACUGAUGGCCUAACCACAGAUGAUGUGAAUACCAUCCAACUGAAGCACAGGCCACAAAUGCAGGUGUCAUCUAUAAAUGGAAACUCACAAAAUAAAGCUAAAUCAACAACAGCAACGACGACGACAACGACAAAGAUGUUAAAAUCAAAUCAAAUUUCAGCAGCUGCAUUUUUGCAGAGUCCUACACCUGACACAGUUUAUGGCACCUACGAUGCCAAGACGAAUUCCAUUACGAUAGUCAUGGAUGGGGAUGCGGUGCCCGUUAACGAGGCCGUUGAGAUCAUCUAUGGCGAGGGUGUCACUGCUGGCGAUGAGGAGAACACAACGGAUGCCAUCAUGAAGUGUCCGCUGCCAGCGACGUCACCCUCCCAGGUUUAUCUCAACGUCAUCAAUGCGACAGAUGAUUCGGAUGAUGAGUCAUCAGCGAGUCAUUUAAAUUUCGAGCCCUUCGAGAGAUUCUUGUGUCCGCGCGUCAAGGCCAUCUCACCGCUGGCCAAAUCUCCAGCGAGAUCUUUGCACUCGGUGGCAUCGGAUCAUGGCUAUGAGUCGGUCAUUGGCUCACCCGGAUCACAUUUGGAUAACGUGGAGGCCGCUCUAUCCAUGGAUGAUGAGAUUGACUUUCCGUGGGAGAGUAAUUUCGAUGAGCUAUUCCCCAGUUUAAUGUGAAUUCGUUUCAAUCUUAAUUUUUCAAAUUGAAAAACCUGAUGGAUCAUCUCCCUAUAUAUUGUUAUCUAAAUAGCUUGUUAGUUUUAUGAUUAAUUCAAGCCGGCCGGCGCUCGUUUUAAGUAUUUUAAGGCAGUUACAGCUGUUGAAAUUUGAAUUGAAGAGAAACUAAUUCAUUUCUCAUUACAUUGUAUAGAAUUUGUCAUCGAAGGCUUUAUAUUAUAUGAUAUGAUAUUGGACUUAUCGCUAAGCUUUAUUUGUAAGUUUCUAUUUAUGUUUAACACCCGUAAUUCACAUAGGCUAAAAUGUAUGUAAUUGUAAUUACUUCAAAUUGUGCUCAAAUCAUAAAUCCAAAAAAAUAAUGCAGACCACUAAAUAUUCAAAAUAUAUCAAGACCACAAACGGA